UUGUUCUUGCUCCCAAGCAUUACUGCUGAUUUUUUUCAAAUCGGAGAAGCAUAGAUAACAAGACCACGACGACUCUUUUCUCUCACAGAUACAACCUUAGUCGUCUCCGGCGGAGAAAUCUCGUUGAAGUAUAGAGCCAGAUCGAUCCGUAUUAGAGUCUGUGUAUUUUUUCGUCUGCGAUAUGGAGAAGUCUGUGGAUCUCGUACCGGCUUUGGUUACUUUCCUCGCCGCAGCUCACGUCAUCGCCUUGGUUUACUGGAUUUAUAGAUUGGCCUCUGAUCGUCAGCCUCCGAAACAAAAACCUCAGUGAGGAGUAAACGUCGUGAGAUGAAUUGGAUGGACUUGCGGUUCAUCGAUUGGGAUUAGGGGUUUUUUUUUUUGUUCCAAUCUGAUGUUGUUUUAUCAUAUUUUUAUGAUUUAUUGUUGUUUUUUUAAUGAAUUUAUUGCUGAAUACUUAGAUUUCGAACCACUGCUUAUGCUCCAAGCUAUUGCUAAUAAGAAAUGUGUUUUUUGUU